AUGACCUCCUCCCUCUCCUUCUUCACGCGGCGCGUGUACCAACUCCCCGUGCCCCCGAUCUCGAAACACAAGCACUACAACCGGGCGAGCUUCAUCGACUUCGCGCGACGGCACGACCUCUCCCGCUCCUCGACGCUCUUCAUCGGCAACCUGUACGAAUACACCGUCCAGACAGAACUGCGGCACGCCGCCGCGCUGCUGCUGCACCGCACCGGCGGGCGCAGCGACAACGGCAUCGACCACCUGGGUACCUGGCACCUGCCGGGCCACGAGGUCCCAAUCCACGUCGCGGUGCAGUGCAAGGCGCACCGGCGGCGCGUGGGGCCGCAGAGCAUCCGCGAGCUGGAGGGGGUGAUCGCGCGGCGGAUGCCGCACACCUGGCGGCUGCAGGGCCAGGAACCGGGGCAGGUGGAAGCGGGCCCGCGGGUCGGGAUGCUGGUCAACCGGCGCGAGGCGUCGGCGGGGGUGCGCGCGGCACUACAGCGCAGCGCGCUGCCGCUCGUGUAUCUGAUGGUGGAUCUGCGGGGCGUGCUGCGGCAGGCGCUGUGGAACGAGGCGGUCGAGGCGCUGGGCGUCGCGCCGCUGGGCGUCGAGGUCCCCUACCCGCCGCCUAUCCGCUUGACCUGGGACCGUGACGGGCUGCAGCACGCCUUGCCGGGCAUGGAUCAGAUCGAGGCGCGCAUGCUGCAGCAGGAGGAGAAGUGGUGGGCGCUCUGGAAUCUCGCGCCCGAUGACCAGGAGACCCGCUACGAGGCGCUCUCGGUCAUCCAGAGCCGGUUCCCGGAGGAGAAACCGCUGCUCUGGGCUAAGCGGGGCGUGCCGAGUAUGCUGUCGCAGCGGGAUCGCGAGGGUUUGCUGCGCGAGUUGAAGAUGAUGGGGCUGAGUGAGGGGCCGGUGGGGGAGCAGCAGCAGUCGGAGGCAGAUUCGUCACAAUCGAUACCGAAUCCAACGUGA